AUGCCUUGCUGUCAGCAACAACCUAGCCAUAGCCAGCGCCAUACUGUACAACUCGUGUGUAAGUCUAUAGGUGGAGGAGGGUCAUAGUCACUAGCCCACUAUCUACUACUGCAGACUACUGAUACACGUCUGGGGCGUUCUCUAUCCACUCAUCAAAGGAUAACCACGCCUUUCAUUCCCCGCAUUCAGCCCUAUCACUCUCUACUCAACUACCCUUUCCCAUUCUUGAUCCAUUCCUAUUGUAUCGCUACUUUAGUUUCCACCCGUCGUCCACUAGAUACUUAGACUUCCUUCGCCACCCGAGAUGUCUGAUAUCGCCCCCGCUACCCCAAUCAUGCCACCGGCGGAGAUCCUCUCACAACUCUUCGCAUCCCUUCGAACCACCCCUCCACGUCUUAUCCAAUCUCCACCCACGCAACCUCGCCGGGCAUCGGUUGCUCUCAUCAUCCGAAUGCGCCCAGCCGAGGGAUUGGUAUUUGAGGGCCGGGAACCCGAAGGAUACACUGGUCAAGUUAUCGAGACUGCCGAUUUCGGGAUCGGUCUCGGUCUCGACGACUUUCUUCGUGUACCUUGGGUCAAUCACCCACUCACCGUCCCCGAAUUACUUUUCAUCCGGCGAGCCAAGUCUUCCGUUCCGAAUGGUCAACACAACAGGUGGUCAAGUCACAUCGCCUUCCCGGGUGGGCGACAGGAACCUGAAGAUGAAUCUGCUUCGUACACUGCUCUGCGAGAAACGUGGGAAGAGAUUGGAAUUGAUCUUGCAGAGAAGGAGUUCAUCCAAGUGGGACGAUUGGACGAACGUGAGGUCACCACUAGCUUGGGAAAAAGGUUAAUGAUGAUCUUGAGUCCUUUUGUCUUCCUCCAAACCACCCCUUUCACUCCCACCGUCGAUCUCAACGCUGCUGAAGUAUCUUCUUUGCAUUGGAUACCUCUACCGACACUCACUCCUCCCUUCUCACCCGAGCAAUGGUCUCAUAUCGAUAUCGAUAUUAGCACUCGACUCAGUCCUCGGAACAAAUUUAUUCGUUGGUCGCUACGACAGCUUGUCGGGAAAAUGCAAUUUGGCUGCCUUCUACUUCCUGAUGAGCCCUCAGAUCUGGCCGAAGGGUUCGACGCUGUGGCCGAAGUGAAAGACCUCGAAAAUUUGCCCGAGGGAAGCGGAAGUUGGUACAAUAAAGCAGAGGGCAAGAGGAUGCUUCGAUUAUGGGGUUUGACACUGGGGAUGACUCUCGAUCUAGUCGCACAUCUACCCACUGCCAGCCCGUCACCUCUGAUAGUCUCCGCCAGCAAAGGGCGAUCACGUUCUUCUUCUCAAUCUGGAUCCAACCCGUUGCCAAAAUACGAUCCCCGAACCCCUGUUACAGUGACUAGCUCUUAUGAUGAUCAUUGGGGCGGUGCGGCGAAGAUGCUUGCGGAUGAGAAACCCGCUGCUACGCCAAAAGACGAAAGCAUGGUCGAAUUUGAGAAGGCUCCACUCAGAGCGCGUACUUUCAUGCACGAUGUCGAGGGUAUGAGUGGGGCUGGUCUGUCCCGAGUGGGGUCUUUAGGUACCAAGGUUGGUGUAAAAGGGUUCAGAGGACGUCGUCGAUAUGGUGUGGGACCAGGAGUAACUGCCGUAUUCCCGCGAUUUGAAUAUCCCGAUGUAAACUUUUGGAUUUGGGUGUUCGGUAGAAGAUAUCGUCAAGUGGUAAGAAGAUGGGAAGCUUCUGUUCGUGGACAGGUCAGACCAGCGGAUAAAAGGAUGAAUUGGUCCGGAGCGGCUCUUGCCACAUUUUAUACCGCAGUCAGACAAGCUCUGGUAGUUGCUAUCUUACUCCGGGCACUCGCCACCGGAUUGGGAAUAGCGGCGAUUGGUUGGUGGGUCAUGAGACGUUGGGGUGUGGGUGGAGAGUUGUGAGUCGUGAGUUUGGUAAAAGUUUUGGUUUUGGGUCAUGGGAUAUGGAAUUUUGUUACAGGUACAGGUAUGUUUGGAUCAUUGAAUAGGUAUAAAGUGAUUUGUUU